AAAUUGAAGGCUCCUAUGAAUUUGUUCGGAAAACAAAUAUUGAUUGGGUUUUCCGGGUCACAGUCACAACCAAUCCGAAUUCCAGACGAUCCACAAAUUCCAUACCGUUUGAUUUUUGUAGAGUUCCAGCAGAGUGCAGCAAUCAGAACCACCCCAGCAAGAAAGCCCUGGAACCGUAGCGAGACCAUGGCCACUGCCUUCCGGUUACCCAUGGCGUCCACGCUUCCGUGCUCGUCGUCUUCCUCUGCUUCUCUCAAACGACGCAGUUUCAGAGCCAUGUGCUCACUCGACAGUAGAAGCAGUGCCAGAAUUCCCAUGCCUCCGCUUAACCCUAGAGACCCCUUCCUGAAGAAGCUAGCUUCUGUGGCGGCUAGAAAUCCCGAAGCGAUCCUUAGUCGGCCCGCUAACUCGGAUACCCUGCCGUAUUUGGACAUCUACGACAGCCCAAAACUCAUGGCCUCUCCUGCUCAGCUGGAGAGGUCAGCUUCCUACAAUGAACACAGGCCAAGGAGACCUCCCCCAGAUUUACCAUCAUUGUUGCUCCAUGGUAGAAUAGUUUACAUUGGGAUGCCAUUGGUACCUGCUGUCACAGAGCUUGUAAUUGCAGAGUUGAUGUACCUACAAUAUAUGGACCCUAACGAGCCAAUUUAUCUUUACAUCAACUCUACUGGAACUGCUCGUGCUGAUGGAGAGACAGUUGCUAUGGAAACUGAAGGUUUUGCAAUUUAUGAUGCUUUGAUGCUACUGAAAAAUCAGAUAUACACUAUUGCAAUUGGGGCAGCCGUAGGUCAGGCAUGCCUCUUGCUUGCUGCAGGGACUAAAGGGAAAAGGUUUAUGUUGCCAAAUGCAAAAGCUUUGAUUCAACAGCCUCGUGUACCGUCGUCCGGGUUGAUGCAAGCCAGUGAUGUUUCUAUCUGGGCUAAGGAGGUUAUACUACAAAGAGAUACCCUUACUAAACUUUUGGCCAAGCACACAGGAAAUACAGUAGAGAUGGUGGCUAAGUCUAUGAAAAGACAAUAUUAUAUGGAUGCUGAAGCAGCAAUAGAAUUUGGCGUCAUUGACAAGGUGUAUUGGGGUAGUCAGGAGCAAAUGACGGGAAAAGUUGCUUCACCAGAAGAGUGGGACAAGAGUGCAGGAAUUAAACCCGUUGAUAUUGAUCCUUUCUAAGUGAUUCCAAGAAAUUGUCCAACGCUUCCGUAGGCUUGUUGGCUGCUGAAGAUGCUCGUGUUUCUGCAUCGAUGGGUUUAGGGUUUUUGAGAACCAGAUGUGAUGAGCAAGAUUGUAGAAUUCAAAGAUUGCUUUCGAUCACGACACCACGGGGGAAUGCUCUUAUACGAAGCUAGUAUAGGAUAACGAAAAUAGCUCCAAUCAUCAACAGCCGGGAGUUGAGAUUUGUGUACAAUGAAUUUGAUUUUAGGCUUUUGAAUGUGUUUUUAUUAAGCUCAAUCUGUUUCAUCUCAUUAUCUCCACUCUCUUUUUAAUAAAAUAUGUGUUUGUUAAGUCUACAA